AUGGACUCCAAACUCGAUGGCGCAGCUCAGAAAGAACUUUCAAGUUUUUUAGAACAAGAACAAGCCAAAGCUAGACUUCAAACUUCGAUUCAUACCUUUACAGAUAUGUGUUUUGAUAAGUGUGUUCCUAAAGCACCUGACACACGUUUCUCUCGUUCCGAAGAAUCUUGCUUGGUAAAUUGUGUAGAUAGGUUCUUAGAUGCAUCUCGAAACUGA